UAGAUUUUCAAGGAAGUUUAAAGGCAUGACUGGACAAUCGAAAGUGAAGGCUUUUCGAACGGUGCAAAGGAGGAGGAUUUCGGCGUAGGCAGCCCCGGUCAUCGCCAUGUUAGGGCCGACUGGGGGUAUUGUGUGCAGCUAAUAUGAUCUUAGUGGCUACUGUCAUACUGCUACACAGUGCCGGAUUAGCAGGUUCGAUGCCCGGUGUUCCCGGGGUCCCCGAAAACAUCACCGUAACUUUCCUCAACCCCACGUCGGUGAGGGUGUCUUGGGACACCACCGUCGACCACGUUGAUAAGUACGACGUGACCUACAAGCCUACAGAUGCCAGUUACAGAGUGGUGGCGGUGGUGGCUGGCAACUCGGAUGCAGUGACACUCAGCGGCCUCAAGGCUGACACCCAAUACCAAUUAACGGUGGCCGCUGUCUGGGGCGGCAGGAAAUAUAGAAGUAGACCGAUUGUCUUCCGAACCCUGGAACCUCCAAGGACGUCUCCGCAGCAGGAUGUGAUGGGGGUGUCGGCAACGUCUGAGUCGCCACCCAGAGAGUUCUCGGACCCCCCAGAUGUGGAAUAUCCUCAGACCAGUUCCACGGUCCGAGGCGUAGAGAUAGGUAUAGUCCUUAUAGUUUUAUUAGUCUGGGUCGCGGCCAUCGCCUUGUUCUUCAACCGCUGGGGUAAAAUUAGAAUGCUGCUUCCUUACCAGCCGGACUACAAGCAGGAACAACUUAAAGUGCCAGGAACAGCUGCGUGUGCUGCCGCCGUUGCCGCAGGAAAUACCUGCAACCACCAUUCCGGAGAAUUAUGCACGCAGAUUCCGGACAACUUAGAAACGAAAAAUGUCCCCAGUUACGAGGCUCCCCGAACAGAUCAUUUACCGAGGAUGAACUCGACACAGUUUCCCUUUCGGAACGAAGCUCGGAUUCUUAGCCACAUCCACACUCCAUCGACGACACGACGAUCGAGGCCUAGACUGAACUCGGCAAUCUUCACGUCGUACAGCGGUCCGGGCUUCGACUCCAAAGAGUUCUUGCGUCGUCAUGGAUCCCAAUCAAAAUUGUGCAGGAAAGCGCGGAGCGUGGACAACAUCUCUUUGGAGGAUAACAAGCAUUUCGGACUACCGAUGCUUUCCAUAUCAGGGCCGAGUCCACCGGAGGACGAAGAGGAUAUGGCCGAAACGGAUCAAUUCAUCCGAAGUGAUUUGUAAAAAAAACAACAACAUAUUAAUAUAAAGUCAAUUCACUUUACAUAUUCCGUGCACAAUUUCUAAUGGAAAGGGACCACACGAACUCUUUGUCUAGCAAAAAAAAAUAACUUUUAUCCCUAAAUCUCGACCAUUUCAUAUAUACGUAUAGAUAUGUAAACAUCUUGAUUUUCAGUGCUUAGUUUUCUACUACAUCUUCUGUUUAGUAUAAGUGACUUUGUGCCAAUACAAAAAAAAACAAGAACAAUUUUGAGCAUUACUCUUUCAGUUGCAUACUUUCUUGGGUAAACAUCCAAUAUAAACUUCUUCGCAAAUUACUUAUUAUAAUAAUAAUAAAAUCAAUCACGAAAUGAGAUUGUUGAUUAACCAGAAAACGACUGGAGAUUCUAACCAAAAAUAAUUUGUAAUAUAGCUUUAAUUACCUUAAGAUCUAAACAAAAAAAAUCUUAUAUGUAUAAUGUACUUUAGCGUUGUAUGAUAAUUUUGAUUAGGAUUUUAGGCAACAUUUACCACGAAUCAGAACGAUAUCGUUUAGUCAAUUAUGUAACGAGAAAUUAAAUUGUAAACUCCUUUUAGUUCGGUUAAAAUGUAUUUAUGGUCCAACAUGUAUCUGCGAGAAGAAAAAAAAAACAUAUAUCAAUAAUAUUUACUCUAUACUACAUAAUUUUAAGACUACAUGUAUCUACUGUAAUAUUUUUAUUUAAUCAUAAAUCACUGUGCAUGUAUUAACUAACUUAACUAACUAAACUUACUAAAAACAAGUAAUAUACAACUUUGUAUCACUUUGCUCAAGAAAGAAAUUGAGACGAAAGGCAAAACACGUUGGCUAAAAUCUAUCACUAAAAUUUAUCAAAAAAAAAAA